ACAAAAACAGUGCACCGAAACCAAGAAGUAUAAAAUUUUGUACUUCUUGACCGAAACUCACUGAAACUGGCAGAAAGCAACGGAAAGCAAUCUGAUUUUUAGCAAGCCUGCUAUAAACUCGCGAUUUCAGUUAUUGGCAAAGUAAUUAGAAAAUAUAAUAGAUUUUAUGCCUCUGCUGCAACGAUAUAUUCCAGUUUAAUUGAUACAAGCCUGGUACAAGUACAGUCCGAUUUGAUUUUUUCCCUUUUUUUUGCCAUGUUUCUAAAUUCCCCGUGAUAUUUGGAUACAAAAAUGCAGAGCAAAGAGACUCAACUAUUUGGCGUUCUGCGGACGCUGGUUGAAAAAUUAAAUGAUAAGGACGAGAUGGUGCGAACCAACGUUUCUCUCUGCUUACGAAACAUUGCUAAAAAUAAGCCUGAUGAGGUCCUGCAGACGAUUUGCACCUUCAAGAAAAGCAUGCCGAAAAUGCCAACGAGUGAGGUGGCUCAGCUUUUAUCUUUGGCCGAAACAAUCUGUCGUUCCCUGAAUAUCGACCAAGUUGAUUCCGACACAACGCUCGUUGCUUUGGUUGACCUGGCUGUGCAAGAAAUGACACAUUCCAACGAGCUCAUUCCAGAAUGGCAGCUUCCUGCCUCCCAACUUCUGGUGGCCAUUGGCAGAAAUUUUUGCAAUAGAGUUAUGGAAGGAUUAGUUGAGAAGGUGCAGCCUGGCGUUGCCCUGCAUUAUUUUGUCACUCACACCCUGGGUUCGUUGGCUGCUGCAAAUCCUCUGGCCAUGGUUCCGUACAUAAAACAAUGUCUCACAACUCAGCUGCCACAAAUGGGAGGUCUUCGAAGUGACCACUUACGACAAGCCUUUGCCUACUGUUUGGCAAGAUUCGCAGACGCCAUUUCGGACUACCUGGCCAACAUUGACAGAGUCUCCGACCGAACUAUUACAAAAGAAACAUUCAGCACUGAAAUGGACCUGGCAUUUACCACAAUUGCAAAUUAUUGGCUGCCGGAAGCCAGAGAACCUCAGAUGAGAGACCAAAUUCUGCACGCAAUCAGCUCGAUUUUGCUUCUCCUACCACCCGGAAGGGUGGAGGCAACAGCACCAGGCCUUUUGGUCAGCUUGCUAAGUUUGAGGAAAAAGAAAAUUCCACUGCCUGUAGGAGCGACCAGAUGCUUAGAAGCCAUCAUCUCGCACCCCGAGGUCAAGGCAUGGCCGCCCAUUGACCAAAUUGUGGCCGCUCUGACCGAACUCGUGAUGGAUGCGCCUGAUCUGGAGCAACCUCUCACUAUUAAAAGCCAUUAUGAGGCUCUUCGAUGCUUCCACACAAUUGACAGACAUUUUCCGGAUAAAUUGUCUACUUUUCUAUCACAACACAUAAAAGGUGGCAAUGAGAAGGACAAAGCAACAUCAUUGGUUAUUCUUUCGCACUUGGCCAGUGCUGGGCAUGUGUCUCACCUAAGCACUCUCAUCACUGCAGUUGGUUCUCUACUUGAUGAUCCUAGUCUUAAAGUAAAACGAGCCGUUGUGAAAGUAAUUGUGGUUUUGGCUCACAAGGAAGUGAUCCAUGGCAACGAAGGCAGCAGAGCUCUGCAAUUCAUCGUCAGCAACUGUCAGCACCCAGGCACUUCUGACGAAAGUGCAGAGUUGCGCCAGACAUGUCGAGACUCUCUGGUUCUCAUCUGCACCACUGCUCCUCAUGUGGCUCCCGUGCUGGCCCCUAUUCUUCUAAGGUGCUUCUUGCUGCCUGAGUACAACAACCUGGCUGGAUUUCUAGCCAGGUGUCUUGCUCUUGUGCACGCCAAGGAGCCUCUCGACAAGCCGAAACUGCCAGAAGUACUUGCAAAAUGUAUCAUACUCAUAGGGGCACCUUUUCCUGAGGUUGGAAUUUACACAUUAAACCUGAUGAAAGCUCUGUCUUCCUGCUUUGAAGGAGAGUUUUCUGCGCUUCUGGACUGCGGCUCUAGCAAACUUAUCGAGGAAUUGCAGGAUUCAGAAUGGAGCGAAAGUCUUUGGGAAAAGUCACUUAUAAAUUUUAUGAAGUCUUUGGUGAAAGCUGUGACGGACUCUGCUUGGUUAGCAGAGUUUUCCGACGCCUUGACCAAAAUUGGUCAACAAGACCUGCCUCCUGAAAAUAGGAACGCACAGCUCUCUUGCUUAGUCAGUAUUUCUGUGUAUAAAAAAGAUGCAAUGGUGGCAAGCACCUUGAUUCAAGAGGCUCUCUCUGCAUCUAAACAAGCUGACUGUGAAAAGGUUUGUUCUUCGGCACUUGGCAGAUGUGCAGGAAUGGACGGAGAAGGACAUUUGCAACUGACAUUGGCGCAAUUGAAAAUAGCUGCCAAGGAUUUGCCGAAUCCCAAUAUGAGUAUGGCCUCAAAGUACAUGCCUUCAUUUUUUUCCAGCAUCACGGGCAGUGACAAAUCAAGGAAAACUGACCAGAUUGUUAAGGCUGAUAGACUUCGUGCAACUUUGCUGCUAAGCUAUGGAGAAAUUGCUGCGAGAAUUCCAGGUUCGGUUGCUCUUUUGGAGAGCACAAAUGUUCUUGAGUGGAUGCUUGAUCAAAUUUCUCAAACUAAGGAUCAACUUGUGCUGGAGAGUGGUUUGGUUGCUCUGCAUAAAAUUGCUGAGAGUUGCUCUGGACUUGGAUGCAGAGAUGAAGCUCUUGAAGUUGUCAUGACCCAACUGAAAACUGGUGGUGUUAUUUCAUUAAAGUGUGUGGCUCCUCUUGUGAAACUACCACCUGCUUUGAGUCUUGACGUUCGCAUUGCAAAUAUGAAGAAAAUAUUUGGCUACGUUAUUGACGAAAAUCCUGAGGAUGCAGCUUUAAGCUUGGCCCUCUUGAACGUCCCUACAACAUUUCUCUUAAGUGCGGGAGUCAAUCCAGGAUCGUUGGAUGAGUUCAUCACUCUAUUAGAACCAUUUAUUAAAAGCCCUACCCCUUCAAAACGAACAACAGCCACCUGCGUUUUAGAGAAAGUUUUGCACACCUAUGCCGAUAAUCUAGCUCCAGGACUUGAAUGUCCAAGCUCCUUGUGCUUUGCAGCGUCCUUGGUGGCUCUCUGUAUUCCACGUUGUACCGAUAUAAAUGGUGUGUGCAGGAGAAGCGGAGUCGAGUGCAUCAGACUGGUGCUUGAAAUAAAUUCAUUUUACUUAGGUGAAAGUCAGAGAGAUGUUUGCAAGAAACUGAAAAAGGAAAUCAGCCAAGAGUUUUUGGGGAAGAUUUCCAAUGAAAAUGAUCCUGACACUCUCUACCAAUGCUCUUGUUUUAUUUCUGAGUUAAUUCUUCGUUACUUGGGAAAUACGCAAAUUGUAGCUUUGGUUGAUUCAGUUAUGUUAUCUCUGACUGACCCUGAAGUUGGUGGCUCUGCUGGUGUUACUGUGGUCCUCACUGCACUUUUGAAGGAAAAGGGUCAAGAUUUGUAUUACCAAGUUCCAAAUAUUAUAAAUUUGUAUUUGAAGAUUGUACCCCAGCUGAAUUUUGAUAGUGUGAAAACUGGAGCUGUGGUGAGCAUGGGAAGUUUAGCCCGUCAUCACCCGAAGGCAGUCAUCACUGCUCUUCUAAAUCAACCUUUGCCUUUUACGGAGGCAUGUUUAAGUUUGUGGCGCUGGAUAUCGAAAGAGGAGGGUUUAGCUAACGAAGUUUGCUCUAACAUUCUCUGCUUGCUGGCUUCCAAUCCACUUCUGGAAGAGCCCAGAGAUGAUCGUUCCCCCAGAGUUGCUAGAGCCGUCCCAUUAGCGGCUGUUAAUGGGCUUUGUGUUAUGCUCAGCACCGAGAGCAACGUAGUUCAUGAACUUUCCAGAUCUGCCCUGCCAGAACUACUUAGCGCUCUUCUGAUAGCUCUGGCUGCUUACGUUGGAGCUUGCCCACCCGUAAACAUUGCAAGGAAGGGAAGCAAAACCAGGAGCAUGUCAUUUGUUCCAAACAGAGAUGCCUAUGGUAUGGUGCCUGGAAGGGUGGCUUUGGAUGCCUGCCAUGCUCUAUUAAAUGCUUGCGGAUUCUCCGAAUUGACCGACACGCUUGCUUUGUGUCGAGUCGAUAUAGGGGAGAGCCUGGACUCUUUUAUGGUAACAACCCAAAAUCUUAUUAGGACCAUUAUUGAGGCGCGAAGCAACAUUGUAACCCAAUUAGUUUCUGUGAUAAACCAAAAUGCAACUAGUCCCGAAGAGUCAACCCGAAUCACUGUUGUUGCAGUUUUGUCAGAAGUAAUAAAAUGGCCAGGAUGUAAUGCUGUUUUGCUGGAAGGACUUGUGCAGCAGCUAACCGCUUCAUUAGAUGACGAAAACCCCUCAGUCAGACAACUCUGCCUCCAAGGAUUGUCCCACAUAGCAAAUAUUGCUGCUCCAUUGCGAGAAAGAUAUGUUUUCUCUGUGUUGGUUGCUCUCCUGCAAGGCCUAGAGGAGACGCCAGGGGAAGGUAAAGCUGCAGGCCUGGCCACAGAGGCUCUAUUUGGUUUGGCAGCCGUUUUGCCUCACGUGGCCAAAAAGCAAGUUGGCGAAAUGCAGUCGUCGUUGAUGUUCAGGGUCACUCCUUUUCUGACAAAAGAGUCGGUGUCAGUCAGGGUAGCCGCUUUCAGGGUAUUCGUGCAGUUGAUUUUAUGUGGAGAGUCUUUUGGAGGAGACGCCUUUCUGGAGCAGAUGCCAAAUGUUCUCAUAAACUUACUAAUUGGUAUAAGUGACACUGACUCAAGAAUUGUGCAGGAUUGCUACUCUGGCAUUCAAGGGUUGGGAAGAGUUCUCACCGAAGAAAAAUUUACACAGGCCAUCAAAAAACUAGAUUCGGAGUUGUCAUACGAGAAGAGCUUUAAAAUUCUAAUACCUAGUCUUGCCGAAGCAUAUCCGGAUUUGAUGUUAAUACUUUUAAAAAAUGCUUGCGGCUUCACUAAAAGUGAAAGAGCCCAGACAAGGGCCUGCGCAACAUCUCUCAUAGGCCGACUUUGCAACUUUGGGGACAACAGCUCUUUCGAAAUGGUGUCUAACAAGUUAACUAAACUUCUGAAUGACCCUUGUGCUCAAGUAAGGGCUACUGCAGCCCAGUCACUAUCAAACUUGUACAUGUUCUAGUCAAAAUUGCUCGUCUUACCAGCUUUUAUAAAUUAUUUGUCUAUUGUUUAAAUGGACAGGUUUCAAAUAUAACUGCUUAAUAAUUAUUGUUAUUAAAUAUUGUGGAAUUUAUAUUAACUUUUUAGUUACAUGGAAAAUUAUAAAUGUAUACAACCCUUACAAAAAUACAAGUUAAUUCUAAAAGUGGCAUUGU